AUGCGACACAACACCUGCCACCUCCCCAAUGGGCUGAUCUUCACCGUGUCGCCAGUGUUUGGCGGCGUCACCUUCAAGUCCACCGAUCAGAACACACACAACUCCACCUUCCCUCCCGGCUGGACCAUCAUCAUUCACACGGACAAAUCCCACGAUAACCAGACGAAAACGCAAGAUGAUCCAGAAACCGACCAGGAGCAAUCCUCCGAGGAUGAGGAGGACAAGAAGACCACUCCGUUCAAGACCCCGACCCUGACUCGCGAUUGUCUCUACAUUUCGUAUAUUGUCAACCCGCCCUCCAGCGAAUACAAACCGGUCAUCUCGCCGACGCGCCAGAUUGCCAUGAUGCUCUGGGCCACUUUGUGGUGGUACUUCCAUGAACCGGAGCCAGACCUACGUCUGGAGACGCCAGCCUCGAGCAAGACGCCGCACCAGGGACGACCCAAGGGCGAAUGGCGGGUCAAUAUUAAGCGGGAGGGCAUUUUCAAGGGCCGCAACCUGCUGCAGAAGCUCGAGCGCAUGGGGCUUGUCACCACCGAGGAUUCCUCUGUUGGGUUUCAGCCCGUCGAGACGAGAGACUCGAGCAGCUGGACGAACAUGUUCGUCAGCCGGCGCACCUUCUGGCAGCUUGACCCCCGCCUGUUUCUGUUUACGCUCACGCCACGCGGCGCUCCGGCGUCUCCGUCAUUGACGCCGUUCCAGUCCCGUCGCGCAUCCCCGACUCGGGAAAGACUGCCCACCCCGUCGAGUUCGUCGACCCUGGCGCCCGCCGAGGCGACUUUCCACACGGCCAACUCUGGUCCUUUCACCUCGGUCGGGCCCUUCUCCUCGGGGAGCCAUCUCCCGACGUACUACCCGCCUCCGCCGACGCAGUACACCUUCACGAAUGACGUACGGCAUCCCAUCCGGCCCAAACCGCCGCACCAGGGUGAGGUGUUUUACGUACGCUACAUCCCCAGCGUGAAGCAGUACCUGUCAUUCCGGGUACCGUUUGUCCCGAUAAGCAAAUCGGGAUCGGCGCAGGGAUCUAUAAACAAUAUUAGUCGUCCUUCGACACCCACACAUGCCCUCAGUGCGUCAGUCACGAGCAUCGAGCAGCAUGUCAGCCGAGACAUGCCAUCAGACCUGGAGACCCUGCACCGGUGGAUGAACGAUCCACGCGUCGAAGCCAUGUGGGGUGAAGGAGGCCCGCAGUCUCACCAGGAAAAGUUCCUGCUUGCCAACCUGACCAGCCGCCACAGCUUCCCCGUGUUCGGGUGCUGGGAUGGCAAACCGUUCGGCUACUUUGAGAUCUACUGGGUGAAAGAGGACCGGUUGGGCCGGCUCUUGGACAAUGUGGGCAACUAUGACCGUGGCAUCCACUUGCUCGUGGGUGAACAGGAGUUCCGUGGUUCCCAUCGCGUGGCUAUUUGGCUCAGCGCCCUAGUGCAUCAUUGCUUCUUGGCUGAUAUGAGGACGGAGACUGUGGUGUUGGAGCCGCGGGUCGAUAAUACCAAACUCAUCUCUUAUCUCCAGGAUAAUGGCUUCUACAAGGAGGGCGAGGUCAGCUUCCCGCACAAGAGGUCCGCCGUGAUGAAAAUCAAGCGCGAGCACUGGGAGGCUCCGGCUCUGUAG